CAAAUAUUGCAUGUAAACAUGUACACAUGUAAACAUAAUUCGAAAUAAGCAUAUACCAAAAUUAAAUGUGCUUUGGAUUGGAAAACAAGGUCGAUGUGACACUUAUAUGAAUUCCUCUCCGUUUGUGUUGAGUUGCGACUGCAGUCAUUGUGGUCAGAAGUCGAACUGUAAGUGUUUAGAUUACAUGUGAAAAUGGUUGGAGAAGACAUUAUCUAAAAGAAUUAUUUAAAAAGGAAUGCAAAAACCUAACAAGAAAAAAAAAAUGUUAUUUUAUUUGUAAACCUGGUACACGGUCUGUUUUCGAGCAGGAGAGAGCCGUUACACAUAUGUUGCAAAGCGUUUCGUUGCUAUGAUAUAUCGCUGUACAGCGCGAAACAGAAGUUCGUUUUCUGCAAGAGAGAAUCGAUCAAAGCCAUUUAACAGAUUAUUUGUAGUAAUAGGGCACCGUAUAUCGGCAAAGCAGUGGGUUCUGAGGUUUGUAUAAUGUGGACAUCUUAAGAGGAAAUGUUCAAUUGUUUCUGAAGAUCCACAGGAACAUAAGGGGGAACUUACUAAAGAUCUUCUGUACAGAUCAUGGUUCAAACCGCUACAGUCGAGUCGAAGACGUGUGUGUAGGAUUUGCCCAGUUCGUGAACCGCAGUAAAAAAGAGUGUCAGGGCCGUCGCUCGACUCCAUUCAGGCACUUCAAAACGGAAUAACCUUAAUAACUGAAACGUCACACUGUCGGGACAUAUUGUGCGGGAACACACAACAAACUGUUGAUGGCAUAAGCAUCGUUAGCGACGUGUUUGUCUUCAGUUCAGGGUAGUCAUCUUUAUUCUCGACUUAUGUUCAGUGAGAAUGAAAACACCGUACGUAUCACAUGUCUGUUAUAGUGACGUCACUAAUUCGUGCGUUCAUAAAAAGUCUGUGUACAUGGUAAUGAAAUGCAUUCACGCAUUGUGGUAGUUGUGUUGUGCUUGAUACUGAAUGACGAGAUUUUACUCAUCCGUGCUAAUGGAAAUGGUAAAAUUGGUAUCGAAAGGGCACAGAAAACGCUUGAAAUUAAAACGUAUCUAAGGCAUCUAAGAGAGCCUCGCGCCGCACCAAAUACCAUUGGCGGUGAAAAUGAGCACGAAACGGGUAACACAUCCAGCGAGAGAAACAACAUUCCGAAUUCUGAUGCAAGUGAACAUGGGGCCACGGUGGAUGCAUUAGAGGCCGGGACCAACAACACCAGCAGUGUUUUGUCUUUAACUAAUGAUACAAGUGCCUUAACAAAUCCAACGAGCGACAGUUCUUUGCCUUCUCGCGGGUCGAUUUCGUCAUUUACGCAAACAUCAUCAUCAUCAACGACUGCAAUAUUGGCAUCUGAAAUCUUAACUCAUAUAGUUCAUACACAGGUGAUAACUGAUACUACAAUCCAAUCAACAUAUAUUGUUGGGAGCGGGAUAAAUAUACUACCAACCUCGUCCAGUGUGUUCCAAGAUUUCACCAAGGCGAGUUCAUCCUCUUCUGAUUCUGUGAUAAAUUCAUCCGAAACGAUACUUUCCACGUCGAAUCCAACCACAACGAACUAUGUGUCCACUUCAUCAUUCAGUGCAAUACAAAUGUCAUUCUCCUCAUACCAAUCCCAAGAACCUCAGCAAACACCCGCAGCGCCUCUGCCAGACGUUCACAGCGUCCCAUCUACGGUACCUCUACCCGCAACUCACACCAUAAGCGCCUCUAUUGUCCCCAGUUUUACUACAACGGCGCAAUCUAUAACAUACUCAGAUAAAACUUCCACACUCUAUGAUAAAAACGCAAAAUUUAACGAGACAAAUCGAACAGAAUCUGACGGAAGUCUUUUAACGAUUUCACCAGUGACAGGCGCUUCUAACGCCACCGCCCAUUCUGAAGAUGCCACUGCGAACAAGGAAGCGCCGGGUACAACACCGGAUAGCAGGGACCAAUUGUUUGACGCUUCUUUCGAUGGAAGCGGAGACGUGUCCUCUCUAAACUUUGCGGAAACAACAUUUGGGACAGACUUCACAACAGACGAUUCUCUUAAGUUCACGUCAACGUCAUUUCAACCACCCACAACAGCAACUGCAGCAGCGACAUUUACAACCGAACAGUCGUCACCAUCAUUGUCCUCUUCAGCAUCACAAUCGCCAUCAACAACAGUCGCGUCAUCGCCUACGAUACAUUCACAUAUAACAACACAGCCACCACCGACAGCUGGAACACCAACAUCAAUUACAACAGAGGCAACUUCAACACAAGAAACACAUCCACCAUUAACCACAACGCCAAUGGCAGACUCACUACCAACGACGGCCAACAAUACCGCAUCGGUCUCAACACUAACGCAUUUCGAUAUAAAUGAAACAUCUGUCCCAGAUGGCAGCAGCAGUAAGUCAACCAUGCCGUCUAUAGGUGAAUCGCCAACAUCGACAUCGGCUGUCACAUCGCCUGAACACACCAUGCUCAUAACAACUGCAGAAUCAUCCCCACGCGCACACCAACAUUCCAAGCAGCUUUGAAACGACACCGGGGUAUACCCUCGAGCCAAAUGCUGAACCAGUAAAUCAAACGUACCACACACCAACUGGCGAUGUUGUUACUACGAAAACAACGACAGUGGUUCCAACUAGCGAACCGGAAGCUGAACCCACCGAUGAGCCUGUUCCGGAAGAUAAUGACGGUCAUGGUGGUACAACUGAGCCAGAAGAUACGUCGAGUGUCAAGCCGGAAGCAGACCCGGAAUCAACACCCGAAGAAAAAGAAGAUGCUGAUAUCCAACCUGAGUUCAAUCUCGAGGCGUUCGCUGAACCCGGUCCCGAUUGGGAGGUCGCAAAGUCGUCUGGAGAGAGGCGUGGGAAUUUCACGUGUAUUUUUUCGGCUGUGUUUCGCUGUGCUCGGACUAUAUUGUGUUCUAAGCGUGAUCCGGUUAUGGUACAUGGAACAUUACUGAGCAGGAACUUCUUUGUAACGUUACACCUCCAUGUCAUAUGCGUUUGCGUCCUGCGAGCGACGUACUUGCUAGUGGACGCUUACAACUCGUUGAGCUUGUUUCCAGCGGUAAUAGACUACUUUCUGUACAGUACAGUUUUCCCGUGUAUAACCUCAUCGUUCAGUAUUCUUUUCUAUGCGCUUCUUUUGCCACACGUGUUCGCAUCAUGUCAGCGAAAGUUCAGAAACUCUGGGUGCUCAUCGUGAUAACUGUAAUACACUUCACCUUAUCCAUUGCCACGGACAUUGUGGUGGGACUAUUUUCUACCGCGCCUAUUCUUCUAUUUGUGUGCCAGGCAGUGUUCAUUGUAUGGGGCCUUCUUAUGUUUAUAGGGUACCUCGUAAUAUUCCGUAAACUUUACAAAGGGGCAGUCAAAAGACAACGGGCCAUCAAAAGCUCGUCGACGGAUCGCCUUAACAGCUCCACUCCAGCUCUAUAUAGUGAUAAAUACGAGAAACAUAAGUACACAUUCGAUCUUGCUGUAAAAAUAACUUUCGCUUCAGCGUUUUUUCGGAGUAGCAAUAGUAGGGUUUGAACUUUACGGGAUGUUCGGUGUAUACGGAGUUUUGCGAGCCGUGUCGAAGCCCGAACCGUGGCCAUGGUGGACCUAUCAUUUCAUUGUGCGCCACUCUUGAACUACUCAUGUGCUCCAGCAUAGCGUACGUUGCUAGUCAGCCAUUAAAAUACGCGGCGCGUAAAGACCGCAAUAGACUGUAUCCUUAUUUAUUACCGUGUAACAUGUGCUGUUGCAAUGACACCAUGAACCAGUCGUACGAUUCCAGUACGCAAGACAUUGGUUCUGAUGUUGACAAUAUCGGUUGGUUUAAUAAAUUCAAAGCAAAGAGGCAUUCAUCCGCGCUCGCACCGUAUCCUCCACACACGUCGGAAAAAUAUUCAGAUCCGGACGCCACUCUGCUUGUCCGAAAAAUAAAGCAACCCAAACCGUCCAUGUUGGUUGUAGAAGACGGAUUUGUCCCGAAUUAGACGCGAUGACGAAAUACUACCCUCAAAUCAGUAUGAAAUUGACAGCAACUCGCGUUCAUCGUUGUCCAGCGGUUUGAACAUUCCUCGGGGAGCGGGUGCUGCGAACGUAGACGUCGUGAAUUCGGUAGUGAACUGGAAUUUUAACAGUGAGGUACAGCGCGCGGGUUUCGGAAACGACAAUAUACACAGUUUUCUCAUUUAAUGAUUAUAUUAUACCUCGCGCGAGGAUCAGCUAUAUAGUUCCGGCGAGAUCCAUCCGCCGGCCAGUGACGACGAGACCGACGUAGAUAUUGUGGUCACCGACAUCGACGCAAGUGACGAGGAGACUUCCGGUCGCGCGGCGUAUCCAGAGAGUCCGAAAUCCGGCAAAAGUGGCGAGAUCUUCCGUCCGCUUUCGAUGAUCGAUCUUGCAGCCAGCAUGGAAUCAGAACUGGACCGUGCGUUCCACACGGGCGGUGUCGAUAACGUGGAUCUAGAGGCCCGUAGCAGUCUGCCGCCGUCCCUGGACGACUACAACUCGGACGCUUUCAAUGAGCCGAUGUACGAUAGUUUUGUAAUGACGACAAACGUGUUUCGCGAUGACGUCACUGGUGCUAUGACGUAUGAUUCGGACUCAGAGCAGACGAAGGCACAAAGUGCUCGCUUGCUACACACUCCGGUCCGUAGGUGCGCAAGUGACGGGAAGCCUUCGACGCCCAAAACGAGACGGGUCGAGAAUAACCGCUAUUAUUCGCUGUCCAGUGUGGAAAGUGUAGGAAAAGAGGACGAAUCGUUCGACUGCACCUCAGACUUUAGAUCGAAACUGAACUAAAUUAAGGGGUGUCUUCAUUAUUUGCAUACUUUAACCGAUAUUAAUUCAUCAAAUGGUAUUUUUCAUUAUGUUUUACUGUUUAUUCGUUUGUUUGAAUUAUUUUUUUGCAUUUGUAUUUUAUCAAUGUACAAAACGAUAAAUUAUCUAUUUA